AUGUUCAACGAUUUCAGUUUGGGUUCUACGCAGCACGGGCAACAUGACCCGUCUGCUGCUGAUGCGGUGCCCAAGAAGGAACGCAAAACGAAGGACAAAGAUGGCAGUGGUGAGGGGAAAGGGGCGAGCAAAGAGGGUGGCAAGGAAAAGGCCAAGAUGACGAGUAAGGAUCGUGUGCGGCAAGCUCUAAACACCAAGGCGGACACAACUACGAUUAUCAUCGGCCGAAACUAUGUCACGGAGGCUGAUGCAUAUCUACCCUACGGGACAAAGAAGGCGCCUGCGAGGGUGACGCCGAAGUACCCCGAUCUCGCUGCAAGUACUGAAUUUAGAAAUGCAUGAUAAAUGCGAUAGGUGUAAAAACUGCUUUCAACAUCUCGGCUUGUAAUUAAUCAAUAAUACCGCUCACCUACGUCUACAGAAAACACGACGGUGCGCAAUCCGAGCAUGGGUAUCCAACCUGGGUUGAAAGCUGCUGAGCAGCCGGGCGCGCCACAAUCAGUAGAGUCAAUGAUUGCGCAAGGUCUACAUUUGGAUAAACCUGUCCAGCCGUUUUACGAGCUUUCUCCUGCAGAGCAGAGUAAGAUCCGGUUUAACCUCACGGUUAAUCGAAUCCUCAUGUCGUGCGGAAUUGCCUUCGCCGCUGGGUGCUGCGGAGGUGUGUGGUACUACCUCAAAGUACGGGUACUAAGCGUUUUUUACAUCUACAUAUAUGCUUUGUUUUGCUUGUUGAUGUCGUAUGUUCGUUCGAUGUAUCGUAUAGUACCCAUCAUUUGAACUUGAAAUUGGAACUACAACUAUCUCUGAUGUAAACGUUUUUUAGAAGCAGAGGUUGGUAUUAAAGUGUUGUAGUUUUUUAAAACAUACUGUAAUAAGGGGGAGGACGACGAUGACCCAGAAUUCCCGUCUUCGACGCCUGCGCCUGCUGCGACAACAGCAGCACCAUCAUCGCGAAACCUUGAAGAUAUUUCGACUGUUCGUUACGAGAUUCAGCAGGCUCUGAGACAGGAGCACCAAGGACCAGUCUUGUAAUGCUGCGCAGACAGAACCAGGAGUCUACGCAGCAAAUAAAUCAACCCCCCCGUUCGUGCAGUGCAGACUUGGAAUCGUCGUGCAGUGCAGGGUCGCAAUCUCGGAGUCUCGACAUCUUCUAGCUACUCCGUAAAUUACUUCUUCUGAUGUAGUGCUGACGGUGGAACCACGAAAUAAUACACAGGGCGGCGACGAUGAUGACGAGGAUCCUUUUGAGCCUUAUGCUGAUUUGAUUGAAGAGUCGUCAACGGAGGCGGUCGCAACUACCACAACAACGACCACAACCGACUCAGCGGCCUUCCUCUGUAUCGGGGAGUACUGCUUUAGCAGUGUCGCUUGCCAGCAGUUUGACGGAAAGAUACUCACUUAUGAAGUGGUGGUGUUAAUAACGACAAAAGUAUACAGACAAUGUCUACUUCAGGUAUCUUUCACAAAGUAAAAGUAAUCCUGUCGAAUCAGCUAUACCAGAACAAAUAAUAGAUUGUCCUCGUAAUCGUAUCCCUCCUUCUUCUAGCUUGGUCUUCCCACAAGUCACAUCUUUCAUUCCAUGCGGAUUGCAGCCAAUCUUUCGGAAACGUAUGCGCCUCUCAUCACUACAGUCGAUUCGUUUACCGAUUGUCUUAAUCAGACCUUUGCAGGAACGCCGUUUGCGGGUAUUCGCACCUGUAGUUGUUGAUGCACUUCUCCGCUAUCAUACUUGAUGCGUGCUGUAGUUUCUUGCCGAAGAAAAACAAGAAUAUAGUGUCUGAAAGGAAUCAUUAUCAGCUCUCUCUUAGUGACGAAAUAUUUUUUCGAAACUACACUCAGCUACGGACCCUCUGUGCGCUAACCCCGGUUUCGCGUGCAAUGCAAUCCAGCUUAUUCCGGCCAAUCUGUUGCCGUUUCUAAUGGGAUUAUCUGCGAAAGCAGGGGACAUCAGUUGUGGUUGUCAGCUAUGUCAGUGGCCGAUGAAUUAUAUUACAUCGGCGGAUGGUGUCGGAUUUUGCUCAGAACAGAAUGCACGCGCUUAUGUGGAAGGUGAUCCAUGCGGCUCCGUCUGUGGACUGAGCUGGCGUACUUUUUACUGUUGGAAAGAGACUGUUUUUCGAAGUGUACUAGACUCAUGGGAGGAUGGUUUUCAUAAUGGGUCUGACUGCAUUACGUUGGUUAUACUUACAUGACUUCAAGAUGAAUUAGUAAUGUCGGUGAAUAGUGAUGCCACAAUUUCAUUUUCUAUGAAUAAGGUGAUACAUCUUUAACAAGUCUCGUGUUACCAUUGUCUCACAACAGCCGUUACGGUAGCGUCGAAUGCAACAGCUCUCGUUGCGAACAGUACCACGACUAGUACGACUUCGACUUCUACCACCACAAUAGACAGCACAAUCUGUAUUGGGCCCGCGUAUCGACCGACCGAUCAUCAGUGUCCGAUGUGCACGCCGUACCACUCGAGGAUCGUCGCUUCCAUGGCAAACAUGCUGCUUUCCACAAGUACUCGCGAAUAACGCUAGGAUGGAUCGUUCACUUCUAGAAGUAGACUACAAUUACUCACUUUUGUUGUGUCAAUCCUGAAUUUUUUUGCCGCCGCUUUUUUACUGACAUCAAAAUCAAGAAAGAAGAGUUUGUCAACUUGAAAUGUUAAUCUUCCACUUCGUUCUGUCCACAGGUGCAGCCUUGGUUCAAUGCGUCCGCCGCACUUAUGAGGGACAGCAGGCCCUGUCUUUCUUAUCGCAGGGUAGACGGUGCAGCGAUCAGCGUCUGUGCUUCGCGUUUGAGGUUAUGCUGUUUGAGUUCGCGCGGGAGGAUCCUGCAUACAAUUUGGCGAAUAACCAGAUUUGCGGGUGCGAGUUGUGCAAGUGGCCUCGCGAUUGGCUCAGCUACGGCAACGGACGGAAUUGCCUGAAUGCCGCCAACAUCGUUGCUGGCAAGUGGUGCGGCGGCUACUGCAACCAGACGUGGCCUGUUUUGGGUGCCGGCGUCUCGACCGACGGAUGGACCGGUUUGACGACGACGCCAGCGCCCGACUUGGACAUCAAUGGCACCAACGGGACGAACGUGACGAGUACAUCUUUGCGACUUCUGGACGAGGCAGGGCACGCGAACUCGAGGUGGCUAGAGACGACGUAUCUGGACAACGUGCGAAUGUUGGAGGAAGAGAUGUACGGUUCGUUUUCGCCUUACGGGAGCAAUCAACAUGGUGGACACCUUGGCAGCAAUUGGCGCUCUCAGAAGUUUGCGGCGCCUUGCACUGCAGACAUGUACACCAAUCCGUUGGCUGUGCUUUCUGCCCUCGAAGAGCCUCCUGUUCUUUCCGGAAUGCAAGAUGUGGAGAGAACUAGUAGAUUAGGUAGUACUAGUGCAGUGGAUCCGGAGACGGGCAGCGCUUCGAUGGCCGCUUCGAGUCAUGGUGAGAGCGCUUCACAGAGUGCGGGAAGCGCGAGUGCAACAAUUGAAACCGGAAGGGCUCUGGGUGCAAGAGAUGGCGAUGCUUCCAGUGCUUUCAGGGGGGACGGAAGUGCUCAAGCGACCACCCUCUUGCAUCGCAGCGACGAACACGGACAAGAUAGUUUACCCGAAGGAAGAAGAAGAAGUAAGCACUUGACAAAAGAGAGAAUGACUGGGAGUAGUAAAGCUUCCUCAUCCACGUCUAGCGGGUCCUCGUUCGGAUGGCUCACUUCUGCGUUGAGUAAUCGGUUCUCAAAGCUCCAAACAGGGUUGCUAGGAAACGCCACAACACUGUCCUUCCUUGCCCUUCCGUGGUCUUUGCUGCCGUCGUCGCGGACUGAUCAUGACAGGGGUACUACUGCGCAAGGAGAACUGGGAGGUAACGAGCAGUGGGGAGGUUCGAGAUCUUCCUCAAAUCCGCACGACAAUUCCUUUAGUGGCAGAGGCAAAGCUAGAGACGUAGACACACCGGGAUUGGCGGCAGCCACCACAGAGUCGUUGACUACGACUAGCGGUUCAAUGUGGGCGUCCUUAAUAGCUGCGGACAUGAAAACAAAGAAAUCCUCCUCUGCAAUUGCACCCACUUCUCAGAUAGUAAAGGAAAUAAGUGGUAGUGCUCUAUCAUCGUCGGUGCCAGGAGCAUCCACAUACUCAGCGCAGGACAGUACUUCACAGCACAGCAGUCAUAGCACCGCCGAUGUCUGCAGCGCCUACCAGCCAGUGCCUCCCACGGGUUUCGUUCUGGAUUCAACUUCGGGUCUGUUCGCCGCCUCCCUCGAAGACGGGCGCGCGGGUGAGUCAGAGGCUAUGUGCCAUCUAGUUGCGCACGAUCUGCACAGCUGGGGACGCCCACGCUCGUCCUCGCUAGAUAUUGAAAAGAAUGGAGGUAACCUUGAGGCAGAAGUGGAAGGGACGAGCAGUACCAGCAUAUCGUCGUCCACAGCUGCUUCGUCGACAAGUGCAAAAAGUGGCACCGCGGAAUCUUCAAAUCAUUUAGUGCAACCAGUUUUUACACGCCGCGUCAGGGUAGAACGCAUUGUCGAUCCAAAGGAAGCGCUUGCUGCUGCAUCGUCCAGUGACAGAAUAGGUCAUGCGCACAGGACAAGCAGGGACGAGACGCAGAGUGCUCGCGAUCAAGAUAGGACGCAACUUUCAUCUUCCCCUUUAACUAGUGCCUCUUCAAUACCUGCAAGUGGUAAUAGAGCGGCGGAUACGACGAGUACAUCAACAAUGAGUAUUGCAGGAACUACAACAUCAAAUGCUGGUGUUGAUAUUUUAGUCGACGAGGACCGACAGGAGGAGUUGCUCGUGGAUGUAUCGAACGGGCGGUGGAGCCGAAGUCCAUUUUCGCCAGUGCCUCUUUUUGGAAAACCGCCACAGGACAGGCUAUUUCAAUACUUGUUUCGGCCGCGAGCAAGUAGAAAACCAAAGCAGGCGGAUACCGGGAAGUCAAUCACAAAAUCACUAUCAAGAACAGCAAAGGCUUCUCUUGAGAAUGGCGGGACGUCUUCUGCAACCACUACUUCCACUUCCCACCAGGAAGCGCGGGAGAGAGGUAGCACUUUGACAAACUCAGAGGAAUCUGAACCGGCUGCGACUAGUAGUGCUACCAAGAGAAAAUCUGACGCGAGCAGUAGCGAAAAUCUGACGGCUGGCUUGAGCGAGGUGGGCAUCGAGGAUCAUGAUGUUUUAGCUGCCAUGGAUGGACUUUGGAACCGUGGCGACCCUCGAGCGGUGUUUUCGCUUCAUUUGCUGGUAAAACGAGUUCGCGACAUACGGAGACGUACGCUGCUUGAAUCGGUGGGAACUGCAGAGAAGACGACUGAGGCUAGCAAUACGGCGGCUUUCCGCUUCGAGAAGCCUGCUGCAAAGACGGCGGAACAACCUGUCUUUUCUGAAAAGGCCUCGUCGCUCGCAGUGAAGUUCAAGGAGAGAGUGUCUGGUGAUGCCAGUAGCAAUGCUGGGAGGUAGCCGCCGGGGCACGAUAUGUUAUAGAUGGUAGUGCUCGAUCGAUGUAUUCAACUUGUUCUUGAAUAGACGCGAAUUUGAUUAUAUAUCUGAGUGAUUACCCAGACGCAUUGUUCGAAAGUUUUAAGAUUACCCUGUAUCAAAAGACCAUCGCCGGUCCCUUGGAGAGUGCCAUUAGUUCGAAUGCCAAAAAACAUUUGUCGUUGACAUCAAGUGCUUGUGGUUUGUCCAAUUUUUUACGAAGACGGAUUGUAUAGCGUAAUCGUCUGGCUAAUUGUACAGACGCCAAAGGGAAUAAUUUUCGAGCCAGUUGUUGUACUUCUCUUUGGAUUUUUUGUAGUAGCGCAUGCGCAUCCUCUUGUUAUGCCUUUGAUCUGAAUAAGCCCUUGAACUUGAAUCCUCCUUGAAUCCUUCUUGUAAAGACAGAGUGUAUGAACCAACACGCUUUGAUGUUCACUCUCUCACAGGUGUCCUACAU